AGAGAGAGAGAGAGAGAAAGGAAGAGGUAGAGUGUUUGAGAAGAGGGAGAGAAAGAUAAUUAUGAAUCAAGAUGAGUGGGUGGGAACGCUAAGAUACGCCGGUAAGGCGCAGGAUAAGGUUUCCGUUGACACUCUCAUGCUCCGUUACCGUCCGAUCGCUCCAAAACCGACGACUGGUCAGCCAUGCGAUGCAGGAGACAACAACAAGAACAACUCAUACGGUAUGAACAAACGAACCAAACGGAAGUACGUUAGGGUUUCAAAGAAUAACAACACCACGUGUCGAGGAAAGAACAGAUCUGACUUGUCUGAUGAUGGGGAACAAACUGGAGUCGUGACACUUCAACUCAUGCCGGAAAAAUCUGAUCUUACAAGCGACUACACACCGUUAGAUCCGAUGGUGAAAACGAUAACCGGAGAGGAAACACGAGAAACCAACACGUGGACCAUGUUUAACGGAGGCGGCACGGCGGAGGUGGAGACGUGGGUGACGGUGAAGUCCGUUACCGGCGUAUGUGACGGUAGUUCUAGUUUCCAUGGGGUGAAGUGUACGGACGCUGAGAUGGUGGAUAAACUAAGUAAGGACACGUGUCCAGCGUUCGUAUCGGAUGCCUCGAACCGGGUGGUUUGGGUCAACGAGGCUUACAGGAGAAACAUUUCCGGUGAAGAUCCGUCAUCGUUGUCGUUGCCGGAUGUUACGGUGUGGUUGGUGAUGGAGGAGUCGACGGUGGCGAUGUAUUGUAACUACAGAGCUUUCACGUGUAGGGUGAGGAUGCAGUACACGUGGCAGGAGACAAAGUACACCAAAACGGUGCCGUGCGAUGUGUGGAAAAUGGAGUUUGGUGGCUUUGCAUGGAGGCUAGACACAACAGCUGCUCUAACUCUCUGGCUUUAAUGUUGCUUGCUACUUGAAGCAAGCUUGAAGCAUGAUGGGUAAGAACUAUAACGGUGAGCUAUAUGUGAUCGAAAAGUGUGACUAGUCCCAAGCUUUUUAAUCACUUUAGCAACUUUCUUUAAGCAUAUAUAGAUUAUAGAGAAGCUUGAAGAAAGAACAAGUGAUAUGAUAAUGUUGAGAAGUAUGAAGAAGCUAAGAAUUCUUAAAUAUAUAGAACAUGCAGUAAUAAUGUCAAAUGUUCAUUGGCAAAGACUAAAUAAAAAGAUUCCAUUGUAUGAUUUCCUACUAAUGUUGGUUUUUAUUUUUAUUUUAGAUCGAUAGACCUACUAAAUAUUUAACAGAUCAGUGUGUUUUAAUAUAUCUUCCGUUAUUCAUAACUAUUAUAUAUAUUUCAGAAUUGUUUAUGCUGUGGAAAAUGGAUUUAUAUUAUAGUAUUUAAGGCAUAGUGAAAAAUAAAUUUGAUCUUAAGAAGAAUAUGUCAUGGACAUAAUUAUAUACAUUAGUUGAGACUUGAGAGACAGAACACAUGAACUAUAUGGGGAGCCCUAUUAGGUGUUAUACUUGGUAUUAAAUCACUUCAUUAAGCUUUCAAUUUCCCCUCACUACUGACAUACAUACACCAAACAAUCACGUACUGUUUUAUAUACAUAUAUAAACAUAUACAUCAACAUAUGUAAGUACAAUUAUAUGCUUAAUAUUUCAUGUCCUUGUAACGUGCACUUGUCUCUUCGUUAUUGGAAUACUCAUAUACAGCCUGUUUUAUAUGUGCAUUUGAGGAUUUACAUUUUUGACAUUUCUAUAUAUAUGUUCUUGGUGACUUUUAAUUAGCAUAAUCUUAAACUCUUAACUAACCUGCUAACAUGCCGCUCCUUAAUAUAUGCAUUCAUACACCCAUAAUUUACGCGUAUCUAGCAAAUAUAUCUGUAUUUGCAUUUGCAUACAUUAUGUAGUAUAAAUAAAGUACAGCACCACGUUCUCUAUAUUGAAAAUCUAUAUUUUGAGCUUCAUUCAUGUGUACAUUGCUAUAUAUAUGAGUCAUUUGACAUUCAUAUAUAUAUUUUCAUUUAUUCUUAGUGCAUGCAUGUACAAUCUAGGAACGUUAUAUGAAUUUGGUUGAAUCGUUCAGACUGUAUAUGAAAAAUGUGUGUAUAGAUAAACAUUCCUAAGCUUACUUAAACGGUAUUUUAACCAAAUGUAAUGACUAAUGAGCAUAACUAACUUUAGAAGCAAUAUCUUCGUGAGCUCUGCUUGUUCCAUCAUGUGGAGAAGCCUCAUUGGUUGUGAAAAAAGUUUACAAAUUUUAAAAAGAAAAACGCCAAAAGUAGUAAUGUGGAGGGAGAAUAAAUAAAGUUAUAACAUUCACACACAUAUCAAGCAUACACUUGGCAUUUGAUAAGAGUAAGACAGAAACCAAUCAGCGUCUCCAGAUUUCUCUCUUCAGCUGCCAUCCCGACAAAGUUGAUAUAGGAUCUGUUGAUUGGUUCGGCCGUUCACGUGUCAAAAUGAGCUUUAAAUCGGGCCGUACGUUAUGUCAAGUGUUUUGUGCUCGCGUGUAUCGAAACAGUCUCUCUCCAUUGCGAUGGAAUUUUUGAUAGAAGAGUCGAGAGAAAACGAAUGAAUUCCUUUCACGUGUGUGAAAAUCACAUAAACAGUGUUUUAGUAAAAAAGAAAAAAAAUACAGUUAUAGUGGUGUUGACUCUUUUGGUAAAAAAGAAACUACUUAUCCAGUUACCCAGCCUGAUUAAAUGGUUGGCUUACAGUUUUCCAGACUUUAUAAUUAAGCUCCCAAGUAAAGGACACACACGAAGGACAUAAAUAAGCUUAAAUUGUACACUACCAUGCAUGAAAGAUUUUUUAAAAAGUUAAACCAAACUAAAACAAAUUAUAGCACCUCUGGAGGGCCCUCUAUAGAGCGUAGAGACGAAUGGUAUCUGACAUAGCAUUUGCUUCUAUAAUCCAAAGAAAGUAUUGAUUGAUCAAAUGUAGUACUGUUUGUGCGGUCGAAGUAGGUGUCUACUGGUGUGAGAGGCUCCACGUGUACUGUCGCUUUCGAUAGUGGUAUAAUAGAUGGAGGCCUCUCACUGGUCUCGACGUUCAUAUCACAUGGUUGGACCAAAAUCUCGACGUUCCCAUCACCAUAGCUACGCUAACAUAUAGCAUCAUCCUUCGGGGAGAAAGCUAUUAACCCGGAUCCGAUAUCCAAAUCCAAAAUCCGAUUCAACAAAUUGAAUUGUUUUGUACAUAUAUGAUCUUAUUGUAUAGGUAUAAGCUGGUUUUAAUUGUUGUCUUAUAUAUCAAAUUAUAUAAUAAUCCGUGCGCAUGCGCGGAGUAAGUUUUUUAUAGUAAUAUUUGUUCAUUAAAUGAUAUUAAUAUUUUACAACACUAAUUUUUUUAUCGAUCGUAAAAUAACGAAUACAAAUGAUUGGUCUCUUAAAUGUAUCAUCGUUGUUGAAGAGUGAACGUAUUACAUCUCAUUUUAAUUAUUUUUAAGACUUCAUAUCCACAAAAGAAAACUAAAUUUUGCGGCUGACACAAAUCACCAAAACCAGAUAGGCAACAUCGAUUGUAAGAUUAUGACUAUCCACAAGUGAUUUAAUUUUCUACCUCUAUAAAAUUAUGCGUUCGUUCUCGUUUGUGUUUCACUGAUAUGAGUUUUGUUUCUUUUUUAAACCUCUUCAAUGAUGCGGUAAAUUAUAUAAGUAUUAAUUUAAAAAAAUGGACGUCUGCAAAAGUUUAGUUGCAUUCCAGAUACAUAUCUAAGAAUCAAAUUUUUGAAGAAAAUCACCGGCCAACUCUAUUCACAGGUUAGUGUUAAAAUCUAAUAUAUCAAGCUGUAACAAAAUAUAAAUCCAGACUCGAAAUAUAAAUGUAUGUCUAGUAUAUAUUCAUAGUUCGGUUUAAAAAUCAUCUAAUUCCAGAACAACAAAACAAAUUAUUUAUUUUAUCAACCUACGCUUUUGAGGUUUAAUUACUCAAGAGUAUAUCGAUAAAAAAAAUAUAUAUAAUAUUUUACCAUUCUAGUAUAGGUAAAUUAUGUAUAAACUAAGAAAUGUUUUAUUUAUUAAACGAUAAACCAUAAACUUAUAAUAAAUAGUUUAAAUCUCACAUUCUUACAAUUAUAAUAGCUAGAUAAGAUAUUAUGGAGAAACAAAUAUUAGACGAAUGAUCAAAUCCCUCAUUAUUCGAACAAACUCAAAAUGAGUUGAUGGAAUCUUAUCAUGAUAUUUCAUUAAAAUAUUUAGAGAAAUAAAAAUAAAGACUAAAUUAUUUAACCUGAAUGAAAUAAUAUAUAUAGUGCUUCCAAUAUUAAAAAUCACUUUGAUUUGAAGAAGUGUAUUUAUGGGAUUGUAGGAUCAAAUAACAUAUUAGAAACCACCUAUUUAAAAAAUAAAUUGUAUACAUAAAAGUAUAUACAUUAAAGUAAGCACGUAAAUCAAAACCAAUACCUUUUGUUUAUUUACAAUCAUGUUUUUGGUAAACAAAUCAAAACAAUCAUUUUAUUUACUUUAUAUGGUAUAUAAUUAAAACCUUAGGGAUAUUGACAUAGAUAUAUGUAGUGUAUUUUAAUAUAAAUAUUUAUUAUUGACACUUCCUACUCAUAUGAUUUUAUUAACAUUUUUAUAUUUGUUGUAACAAAAAUUUAAACCAUUAAUUUUUUUUUUUACAGCAAACAAUUCACAGACUCAUAUUGACUCUGUAAACCAAAUUGGUAACUCUGCAUCCAUGUGUACGACGAAAGACGGUUGAUGUCGGGCACUGCGUGCUAAGCUAUCCGCCUUUUGAUUCGCCGUUCUUGGUACAUGAACGAUCUCUGAGUUGUGGAAGCUUCUUCUCAAAAACCAUUAAUCAUAAAACUUUUAAUGUGAGAUUUUUCAAUACAAAUUUCAAAUUAAAAUACGAAGACUUAAUAAUUUUUCAAUGCAAAAUUUUCAAUUAACAUAUUUUUAUAUAGUAUAUAAUUUAAUAUAUAUAUAUAUAUAUGAGAUUUCAUAUUCAUAAGAUUUAUGAUCAUUUGUAUCUUGCUUGAACAAAAAAAGUUAAACCAUUGAUCACAAAAUUUUCAAUGUGAGAUUUUUAUCAUUUUUAGUAAUUUAUAGUGGUUUUAAAAAAUCCAAAAUAAAACAUAUAAGAAAAAUUAUAAUUUUUUUUAUUAUAUGCUUAAUGUAAUUUUUUUAUAUUUUUUAAUAAUAAAAAUAAACAAAAAUGAGAGAGAAUACAAAAAUUGUUAUUAAAUAUGUAUUAUUCAUAAUCAUUAAUUGCCAUAUAUAUGUUUAUCAUAUUAAGUAAUUCUGCAACUUUUAUUUAAGAAAAUAAUUAAGAAUAUUUUUUUGUAAACUACUAAUCAAUUUGAUAGUUAGUUUAAUAAAAAUAUAAUAUAUAUUUAUAUGUACCAACUUAUUUUUUUAAAGAUUCUAAGAAUCAUCAUAAUGAUGACAUGCGACACGAAAACAUGUUGUAAUGCUCCAUGAUUAAUAUAUAUGAGAUUUAUUUUGAAAAUAUUAUCCACUUUUUAUUAUUGAAGUGAAAUAUAUCUAAUAAUCAUGUUUUAUUUUUUUUCCUAAAACACUGCACACAAUCUACAAACACUUAUAUAACAUUAAUUACAUUACAGUUCAUCAACAACAAAUGAUAUUUCUGACAUUCCGUUGAAGUUCAAAUUUUAUACUUUUUUGUUUUUCUAUAAACUUUUAAUAAAUACAUGAAAACAUUAGUAAAUCUUAUCUCUGAUUUUUUUGUUGUUGUCAGCUAUCCAUAUCACUAGAUCAAACUCUAAUAAGAGCAUUAAAAAUAUAUUAUCUGGAUGUAUGCAUAGAUUAGAUUAAUUUCCUCGUCCAGAAAAACAUGGACCAUAUAUCAAGAACCAAAAGGAUUUUUUUUUAAUCAAAUAAUGAGGUACCUAAUCGAUUAAAACAUAGUCAUAUUUAAAUUCUACCAUGGCAUAUUUAUUUUUGAACUUAUUCAACAAGUUAUGAAUAAAUAUGCACACACGCUUUUCAUAUAAUUUUAAAAUAAUAUAUAUUUGUAUCAAUCUAAUAAUCCCUAAAAUAGAUAGUAACAUUUACUCUUAUCAUUCGAUUAUUCUUUUAUUAUCAAAACAGUUCUUUCGAUUAUUUCUUUGAUUAUUUGUAACUGAAUUUUCGAAAUCAGUAAACCCUAAUUUGAAUUUCUGGGUUGUGUACUGCAAGGGAAGAAGAUGACAACAGACGAGAAUCUACCUGACAUCAAAAUUCAAUGGCGUCCAAGGUUAUAAUUUCCCCAAUCAUACGGCGCUGUUCCCUGUCAUCACCACCUGUCUACCGCCACUGCUUCUGCUAACUCUACAUCAGAUGAAUCGGGGAUCAUGAUGAAAGGAGUUCGAAUUUCAAGUAGACCUCUUAAUCCGGAUAUGCAAUCGACGCGGUGAAGGCGUCUUCCAUGGUAGUAAUGGAUGGUUUCAGUGAAAUUUGAGAUGAUACAUAAAUAUUUUAUAGAUGCAUAUGUUUGCUAAUUUUUGUGUGAGAAAACAGUUGAAAAUUGACGAAUUUGGGUUUCGUGAAUGGCUGGUAUUAAGUUGGAUUGUGAGGGUUUUGUGGAGCAGUGGAGAUGAUAAUGCAUAUUAAAAUAGUGAGACUGCUUUUCUGAACAAAAAAGUUGUUCUCUUUCAGAAUGUAAGAAACUAUGUUGCCAAGCAUAUCCUGCAAUUAGGUCUCUUACUUACUGGUUUUUGCUAUUAUCAGCAGAUUUGAAAUAUCAUUCUCAUGUUUGAAAGUUGUACUCUCUGCAUUUUCCAAAUUGAGUCAUGUAGGGAAGUUAUUGAAAGUCAUACACAUAUACGAGGCUUGAUACAAAUGAAAGACAGCUGCACCUCCUACCAUCAUACAUCACUCUCACAAGAGUCAAACAUUACAGAUUUAGAAUAAUUCAUCUUAUCCCACCCGAAGAUAAUCCACUCUUUCUGGUCUACAUGGAUAUGUACUUUUGUGAUGCUAUAUUUUAUUGCCUGAACAUUGAAGAUAUUAAAACAUUGUUUAUCAUUCCAAUACGUUACCAGAACACCAGAACUUCUGCACAGUGGUCUAGUAGUUCCUCUUAUUAGACUAUCAACAAUGGCAGUAAAGAUUCAACAUCAUAAUUUACACUUUUCACAAUCCACGUCAGUUUCAUUUUCCACCUAUUCAUGCAACAUUUAUAUAAUUUUUAUCUACAAUAACACUUUAUCCCACUAUUUUACAUACUUAUAUAUUUUUAUAUACUAAAAAUAUUAAAAUUUAAUUCAAUUAAAAUUUCUAAUAAUUACAAAACUUUUUAAAACAAAAUAUCUAUUUUUAUAUUUUUAAAUAGUGAACAAAUAUUAAAAUAAUUAUUCUUGAAAUAUGUUUUAUAAAAAUAUUAUUUUUUGGUGUCCAAAUAAAAUAAAAUGAAUCUCUAUUUAUAGAGAUUUUAAAAUAAUAAAUCUAUUCUAUUAAAUUAGGAACAUGUGACCUACUGAUAUAGGUUUAGUCCAAUUAUUUACAGCCCAUAUAUCUAUACUAUUAUUUGCAAUGUGAUUUUUCCCACGAAGCUCUCACGUUAAAAGUAAGAGCGGUUAAUAUCGUUUAUACCUUUAAUUAAUUAAAUAUAUAAAUUAGUUAAAAUAAAAAUGAAUUUAUUUUUAUAAUAUAAAUGAUUAAUAUUAAUAAUAAUAAGAAUUAUCCAAAGUCUAAAAUAUAUUUUUAAAUAAAAGAUAAUUAUUUUAAAAUAAACGAUUAUUCCUAUAUAUAUAAGAUAAGAUAAGAUAAAGAUAAGUGAUUUCUAGGAUUUAUCUAAUAAUGUUGAAUAUAGUAUACAAAAAAUGUUCAAAAAAUUAUAAUUAGUAAGAAUUUUCAAAAAAAGAAUUAUCAUUAUAAUAGUUUAUUUAGUAAUGUAUGUAGUUUCUUUAGUAAUGUAUGUAUUAAUAAGUAAUUAUAAAAUGCUUAUGCCCGCAAGUGCGGGAGAAACACCUAGUUUAAUAUAUAUACUUAUCAUGAUAUUUAGAAACUUUAAUUAAUAAACAGAUAUUAAAAGUUAAUAUGAACAAUAUCUACCGAUAAUAUUAUCAUAACUAUGUUUAUCUUAUAUUUAGUUUAUGAUAUGAAUGACUAAUAUUAUAGUCAAUUUCUCCUCUAAUAAAACAUAUCAUUCUUAAUUAAUAUUAAAAAAAUGUAUUUGAAGGUGCAUGAUUAAAAGUAUUUACCUAUAUGGGUGUGAAGUGAUGACGCUUCAACAAGCUGAGACUUGGCUUUGCAUACAUUCAUGAAUGGAUUGCACACAUAGUUUAUAAUAGUGUUGAGUAAACACUUAGAAUAGUGUGGAAACACAUUUGUGCAUUAUUUUCAUGUGUCCAAAAUAGGUUGAGAGAUUCUGAUUUUUGUGUAAUACAUUAAAAUGAAAAUUCAAUUCUUAGAAUAUUUUCAUUUAUGUAUGAGUUUGAUAUGUGUUAAUUAUUUAUUGAAUACUAGUAUCAUCUCCCGUGCUCAGCACGGACAUUAUUUUUAUAUGCACAUAGUAUAUAUAUAUAUAAUUAUAAUGAAAAAUAUAUUUUAAGAUUUCAAUUUUUUUUCAUGUCUAUAUCUUUUUUUUGAUUAAAUAUCUUAUAUCUUAUUACAAUCUAAUAUGAAUCCCAUUGAAUAAGAAUUAUUGAAGGCUGACAAAAAAAAGAAUUAUUGAACCCUUUUUCAAAAAAAAAAAAUCAUUAUAAAUGAAAAAAAUAAAUGACGAAAAGAUAUCUAUUGCACAACUACAAUUAAAAUACUAAUCUUUUUAGUUUCUAUGAGAAUCUACGAGUUUGGUAAACAUUAUAUAAAAAUGUAUAUAUGUUGAUCUGAGAGUCUUGGUCUUGGUCUAGACAGUAGAAAUGAAUCUUGUUUCAUAAACUCUUUUUUUUUGUGGUCCUUCUAAAUUUCUUUGGGGCCUUGUAAUUGUGCUCUCAUGAUAACUCUAGUUCCCUAAAUUAUCACCAUCACAAGAAUAAAAAACAUAUUUCAACAAAUGGAUAAUUGAUUGAGUCCAUUUUGAAAUGUGUUAUUGACAUACCCCCCCCCCCCCCCCCCCUUUUGUUUAUGUAACCUUUUCCAUCACGUAGUAUGUAACUUAUUCCAAAUAUCUAAAAUAGCAAAAGAAAAAAGAAAGGUUAUGAGAAGAUUAGAAAAAAAAUUAUGGAAAAUAAA